AUGAUAUCAUUGUCAUUAUCGUUAUCGUCAAAGUCAAUUCUUCGAAAAUCAAUUCAACGCCGACAAAGUGAUCUUCCAUAUUGUGAUGCUAUUGAAGGCUUCGAAUGUAAAUGUUCGUCUUUUCGUGUAACAUGUACAACAACUCGUGAUUUAUCAUCGCCAGUAAACAUAUUAGAAAGUGAAAAACAUAAAUAUCAAUCAGUUGAAAUAGUUAUUGCAGCUUCACUUGAUAUUAAAGUUAAUGAUCAGACAUUUGAACCAAUAAAACAAUUAUAUAAAAAUGAUCCUGAUAGUUUAGAAUUUCGUGUGAAGUUUGAAAAAUUUACUGGUCUUCAUUUAUCAUCACCUGGAAUAUUUAACCGAGUAUUUCCAGAUAACUUAUCAUCGGAUAUACGAAAACAUAUGGCAUUAGAAAUUUACAAUCCCGAAGUAGCACCAAGUGACGAUUUAUAUUUGUUUAAAAAUUUAAAUGUUGAUGCAUUAGAAGUUUAUGCAUUAUAUCCGUUUCAUGGUUCAUUUCAACAAUUAUUUGAUGGCGCAAAUAUUAAAUAUUUACGUUUAAGUGGUGGUGAUAUUCGUUCUGAUUUAUCUAAACCAUUUACAGGAAAUAUUGCUCGUUUAGAAUUAGCUAAACAAGCCAGUACAUUAUCAGUACAAAAUUUUCCUAUUUAUCCAGCACAUGAAUUAAUUAUAAAUGCUUUUUAUAUCACUGAAUUUAAUAAUGAAUAUCCACCAAAUUAUUCGAAUUUAGGUGAAUUGCGAGUGUAUAGCACUGAACGUAUACCAGCGAAUGCUUUUCAACAAUUUCCCAACAUUCAUACAUUAUCAAUAACAACUGAUCGAGAUAUUGAUCCAAAAUCGUUACAUGGUUUAAAUCAUUUAGAAAAACUAACCGUAAAAGAAGCUAAACCAUCAAUAACACUUUUAAAUAAUCAGCCAAGUAUUAAAGAAUUUGAAACAAACGUUGAAAAAUUAGAUGAAGAAGAACAAUGCCAAUUAAUUUCUAAAUUAGCUGAUGGACAAAUUGCUGUUCAAACUAUUCCAAAUGGUCGUGAAUGCACAUGUAUUAUUGCUUAUUUAAAUUCAGCUGUAGGACGAACACCAUGUGAUAUACAAGAUUGUGAUCGUUCAACAUGUUCUGCUAUUAAAAAUAAUUAUGAUUCAACAACACAUUUAUUUAAAUCUCCACCUUCAAUUCAACGUGCGGAUGGUACAGAUGCUUUGCAUCAACGCCAAUCAAAAGUUUAUACAACAUCAUAUCAAGUAUUAGAUUCCGAUCGUGAAAAGCUUCAUCUAAUUAUACCACAGCAUCCACAACAAGAACCUGAUAAUCAAACACCUUCGGACAACGAACAACAUGAAAAUCAUGAAAAACCAGACACUCAUCCUUCAUGGUCUACUUUACCGGAUAUAAAUCAUGUUGGCGAUAUAGAUGAUGAGGAAAAAUCACUUCCAUAUGACUAUUCAACAAAUAGAGAAUAUAAUCAAAAUGAUAAAUCUCAAUCGGAACAUUUGUCUAAUGAAGAUUAUUCAAAUCAUUUUGACGGCAACAAUGAUCGACAAACAACAAAAUCUUUUCAGUCGGAUGAUGAAAGAGAUAAUACUACUCCUGUUUCAUCUCAAGAUGAAUCGCAGACAGAUCAGGAUCAAGACGAUGAUCGUCGAGUAGAUGAACAAGGUAAAUUAAAUGAAGGUGAAGAUAAUCAACAAGAAGAAAAAAAUAAUGAAAAUCAAACUAAUGGAGAAAAUAAUCAGGCAAGUUCAUCCGAUUCAAAUGUUGAUAGUACUGGAAAUAAUGAUAAACAAACAGGCGGUUCAUCAGCACCACCAAAGAAAGGAAUGAACUGGUUACCAAUAAUAAUUAUUGCUGCAGCUAUUCUUACUCUUCUUCUUAUUGGUAUAAUUAUUUUAGUGUUACGUAAACGCAAUACUAAGAAAGGAUAUGGUCCGACAGCAACAAAUGAUCAAUCAGCAACAACACCUCGAGCAUAA